AUGGCUGGAAAAAUGACCUUGUACAAGUUGGUGGUGUUGGGAGAUGGAGGUGUUGGAAAGACCGCCCUUACUAUUCAGUUGUGCCUUAAUCACUUUGUCGAAACAUACGAUCCAACUAUCGAGGAUUCAUAUCGCAAACAAGUCGUGAUCGAUCAACAGUCGUGUAUGCUCGAGGUGCUGGACACAGCGGGUCAGGAAGAAUAUACCGCGCUACGAGAUCAGUGGAUAAGGGAUGGUGAGGGGUUCGUAUUGGUGUACAGCAUCACAUCGCGCGCCUCCUUCUCCCGCAUCACAAAAUUCUACAAUCAAAUUAAGAUGGUCAAGGAAUCCUCCAGCUCCGGUUCACCAUCCGGCCCCAGCUAUUUGAACUCGCCCAUGAGCGCAUCCUCGGGUCCCGCAAUGCCCGUCCCCGUUAUGCUAGUCGGCAACAAGAGUGACAAGGCCGUCGAACGCGCAGUCUCAGCACAGGAAGGCCAAGCAUUGGCCAAGGAGCUGGGAUGUGAAUUUGUCGAAGCCUCCGCCAAGAACUGUAUCAACGUGGAGAAGGCCUUUUACGACGUGGUCCGCAUGCUGCGUCAGCAGCGACAACAGGCGGCAGGUGGUCGUGCAGACCGUCGUCCGACAGGCUUUGGAUCCGGUCACCGCGAUCGCGACGCAGGCCCCGAAUACCCCAAGACUUUCCGGCCUGACCGGACUCGACAUCGCAGUCGACUCCAGUGUACUCUCUUGUGA